CUCUCUGGCACGCUCUUAGACUUUUUGAUCGCGAAUGCAGAUACAGAUACAUUAUGCGAAUGCUCGUGGCUCUUCGGUCAGUUGCUCUGUCGCUUCGAGAUGGCCAGCACCGAGAGUCUGGAUGGCAGCGCCUUCGAGGGCGACAUCUCGGCCAUUCCGCAGGUGGGCCACCUUACCACUGAGCCCCAGGAGCUGGAGUGUCCGGCCUGCCAGCAGCUGCAGACCACCCACGUGAAGUCGGAGGCAGUCACCUUUCUACAGAAGCUGGCCUGCUCGCUGAAUGUGCUGCUCUGCUGCAAUCCCAUUCGCUGGAAGGGUCGUCAUGAUGUGAACCACUACUGCAGCUCCUGUGGCUGCUUCAUUGGACGCGACAUCACCCUGAGCUGGUACAAAAGGACCCUCUUCCGGCUGCAACGCGGCGAGGUGGAGGACCACGGACGCUGGCAGAACUUCCACAAGGUGGAGAAGGAGCAGCUGGACGAGAAGAAACUGGGCAGACAGCGCAGAGCCAUCGAAUCGAGGCGCGCCAAUGAGCAUUAUUAA